AUGAAUUUUGGGACUUGGGCUCCAGAAAUCAAUGCAGCAAUUAAUAUUCUAAAACCAGCAAUAGAUAUCUCGCUUGUUGGCCAAGAAAAAUUAAGAAAAGCUGAUAUUGAAACCAAAAAUGACGGAACAGUUGUUUCCAUUGUAGAUUUUGCAUGUCAAUCAGUGAUAAUGGAUGGACUUAAAAAGAAUUUUCCGAAAGAUUCAGUACUCGGCGAAGAAGAUGUUAGAAAAAUUGAUGAUAAGUUCUUAAAUCAUGUCAAAUCCUUAUUACCAGAUGACAUUGAUCCAGUAUCUACUUGUUCAUCAGCCAUUACAAAGAUAUCCGAUAAAGAUGAAAGAACCUGGGUUAUUGAUCCAAUUGAUGGAACCUAUGGCUUUGUUAAUGGUGGAAACUUUGCUAUUGCUAUGGCUUUACUUGUUAAUCGCCAUGUUGUUUGCUCCGCAGUUGCUUGGCCACGUCAUGAUGUAAAUUCAACCGGACUCAUCGAUUUUGAAGGCCCAGCCAUAUUCGUAUCUUCAGAAGGUUAUGGUGCAUACGCUAUGGACUUGAAAGGACAUUGGAAGAAGCUUACCAAACCAGAUAAUCCCGCAUUUCGAAUUAUUCAUACGAAACAGAAACAAGGAAACGUUGUACAACUAUUUGAUUACGUUAAGCAGCACCUAGGAAUUACGGAUGAGAUUGAAAUGGUCUCUAUGACUAAAGGAUUUGUGUUGGCAACUGGAAAUGCGUGCGCAUUCUUCAGAGUUCCAUGGGAUUCAAACGAAGAGCACGUUUGGGACAUUGCUCCGUUUGAAUUGCUUGUUCGCGAGGCUGGAGGAUUCGCGACAACAGGAACAGGAAAAGAAAUUUUGUACAGACAAAAUGCACGUGUUGAAGGUUCUUUGGACGGCCUUGUAUUCACGAACAGAGACAAGGAAUUCCAUAACAAGGUAGUGGAAAUACUACAGGAAGCUCUUGCAAUGUUCAAAUGGUAUUAA